GGUGAUCCCCUCCAUGAUUAAGUUGGACUAUGCAUUUUAUUUUUGUAAUUUUUGUACUUGGAGUUUCUGCCAAGGAGGAAUGGGAACAGCAAGUUGUGGGAGCACCCGGCAGUGACGUUAUCCUCCCCUGUUCAUUUCCCUGCAGUGACAGGGAGAAUCUCCAUGAUGUUGUUGUGAGCUGGCAGUGUAACGGUACAGUGGUGGUGCACAGUUACCAUGACAGUCAAGACCAAGAACAUUCCCAGAGCGCUGCUUACAGGGGUCGCACUCACUUAUUCCAUGACCAGUUACUGAAGGGAAAUGGCUCUUUACACCUGAAGAGUGUACAGAAGAGCGACCAAGGCUGGUACAAAUGUGAGGUGUUUAGUGUGAAUGGAAACACCAAGAUGCUUGUGUUCCUCCUGGUGGCAGCUCCUUAUGAAGAACCUCAGCUCUCCAUCUACGUUGGAUGUGGUAGUGUGAAUAUCAACGUCACCACAUCCCGUGGCUUUCCUCAACCAGUGCUUCUUUGGAGAGAUGAAACGGAAAGUGACAUCACCAAUCAUAGCCAAACCCGUGUGGAGUCUGACAGAUGGGGAUGCUUGGAGGUGCAGAAUGAGCUCAGUCUGCCACUGAAUGACACAAAGACCCUAACAGUUGAGAUGACGCUGGAAGUUCUCAACCAGACGGUCUCUCGUUCUCUCACUGUCCUCCCAUCUUCAGGAGGCUGUGUGACUCAGACUGCAUUCAGGAGCAGACUGGCAGCUCUCUUCUCUUUAUUAAUGCUGCUGGGAACCAUCAUCACCAUCUUGAUUAAGGGAAGAUAACAUUUUUUGUUGACUUAUUUUCUACAUUUUUAGGCAAGAAAAUGCUGGAAAAUUAUAGUUUUAUAAAUUGAGAAACUGCAGACAAUGUGAUAAAAGGAAUGGCGAUACUGGAACAACAGUGGCAUUCAUAGGCGUUUUUAAAUUAAGCAAUUUUCCUUCCAGUGAUGAAGGCUCCCAUAACACCUUGACAGGAGGCAGUUCUCCAAGGAUCAGGAAGCUGAAUUAAUCAAACACAUAAUGUAUUCGUUAGCUUUUGCAACACAAACGUGUCUGAGAACUUUGUAAAUACAUAAAUGUCAAGAAAGGACGUAUGCUGUGAACAAUACAAUGCUGCUAAUAUUAAAUUGAACACAGGACAAACCAAGAUGGGUGGAGUGUGCAUCGCUGCAAUGGGCAGAAGAAACUGAUUAUGGAAUCACUGUAGAAGUUCUCAUUGACGCACCUCUACUUCUUUUCUAAUAGAAAUAUAAAAGGAAUUUAUACGACCUUUACAUUUAUUUAUUUAGCUGAUGCUUUUCUCC